AUGUUGCUUAGCCUGGUCAUCCUCGCAGCCAUCGUAGCGGUCUCAGCGCAGGCACUCCGCCGACACAUUUCUUUGAGACAUAUACCUGCCGCCGGCCAUGGCGGCAUCUUCAGUUCCUAUAUCACUAGUUUGCGGUUCACAAUAAACGCGGAAUCGGUGCUCUAUGAUGGCUACAAGAAGUAUAAGGGCAGGAUAUUCAAGGUGGCUCAAAUGGAUCGUUGGAUUGCCUUUGCAUCUGGAGAUGCCCUAUUGGAAAACCUAAGGACUGCUCCGGAGCACGUCCUAUCCAUGGAAGCAGCUAUGGUGGAUCUCCUUCAAUCAGAUUACACCCUUGGGGAGGAGAUACGACGUGAUGCUUACCACGUUGGAGUCAUUCGCCAUAUUUUAUCGAAGAACCUGGCCGUAAUUUUGCCGGAAAUUCUUGACGAAAUGGUCUCAGCAACUGACGAUUUGAUUCGCACAAACCUCUCGAAAGAUAUAUGGGUACCAAUUCGAGCCACAGAAACGUUCUCCAAAAUAGUUUGCCGUGCAACCAACCGCGCUUUUAUCGGUCUGCCACUUUGUCGUGAUGAAGAAUAUUGCUCCGUCAACCUUCAGUUUACCAACCAUGUAGUAUUCGGGACAGUGUUUACCGGGAUGUUUCCAUCGUUCCUCAAACCAGUAGCGGGUCAAAUUUGGAGCAAGGUCUAUGGACUUCAAGAGCGUCUACUACGUACCAUACGCCCAAUCAUCUCCGAGCGUCGUCAUCAUAUCCAAGAAUAUGGGCCUUCCUAUCCAGACAAACCGAAUGAUAUGCUAUCGUGGUUGAUGGACGCCGCAACACCUGGUCAUUGUCAAACAGAUGAAUCUCUUGCUGUUCGGAUGCUCAACGUGAACUUCCUUGCUCUUCACACAACCUCAUCGACGUUUGUCCACGCUCUAUACCACCUAGCAAGUAAACCAACCUAUAUCAACAUCCUCAGAGAGGAGCUUAUAGAUAACUUGGGUCCCAAUCGCCUUCGAAGCGCGAACGACUGGGUUUCGGACAAACUCGAAAAAUGUUGGAAACUAGACUCCUUCUUCAAGGAAUCCCAGCGCUUGAACGGAAUGGGCGCCAUGUCUUUGCCGCGGAAGGUGAUGGUCCCCUUCACGUUUUCGGAUGGCACAGUUCUACCACCGGGCAUCAUCGUGGCCGCCGCACCCACAGCGACCCACCGAGAUGAGAGUUUGUACAACAACGCUGCCGAAUUCGAUGGCCUCAGAUUCUCAAAGACUCGGGAGAAUCUGGUCAUGCAAGGAAAAUCGGACAAGAUAGAGGAAGAAAGACUGCGUCUGACCAGCACCCACAAUUACCUUUCCUUUGGAGGAGGCCGUCAUGCGUGCCCGGGUCGCUUCUUCGCAUCAACGAUCUUAAAGAGCAUGAUGGCACACGUCAUCCUCAAUUAUGAUGUGAAGCUGGAGUCAGGGCAAAGGCCAGCAGACGAGUGGUAUGGACCGAUGUGUAUGCCCUCAAGAAAGGCUAAGGUAUUAUUCAAGGCAUUAGAGUAA